AUGCCAAAAGACGGCAUGUCUUUGGCCGAUGACCUCGAUGAUGGUUUAAGCUAUCAGUUCGAAGAUCCUAACGAAAAACUUCCGGAGUCUGAUCCCGGUAAGACCAGCUCGAAAAGGCCACUUGAAGAUGAGAACGUCAAUGAACCACCAAAGAAGGUUAGCAAGAGAAAACAGAAACUAGAGAAAUCCAAAUUGCAUGAAAAGAAGCUUGAAAAACUCGAAUAUGAGAAGCUGCAAAAGAAGCUGCUGCCUCGACUGUCUAGUGAAGAGCUUGCCGAACAUAUCGCUUCGCUUAUACGCUCGAAGAAUCCAUCGCUAAGCGCUUUGGAGCUCGAUGAGCUUUAUUUGAAAAAAUCAGACUUCAUUGCCACGUCUGACUACGAUAAAGAUCGCACGCUUGAAAACUUUGCUGAUUUCGUCAGCAAGCAUUCCAAUGCACCCCGCGCAAUCGUUUUUUCCGUUUCUAACAUAAGAGUCGCCGAUGUCUUUCGAAGCUUAGGAGGCUCCAAAAAUGCGAUCAAAUUCUUUUCAAAAAAUAAGUACAACGAUGAUCUCAAAGCUGCAGAAGAACUCUGGAAUGGGCCGAAGAAGUCUAAGGGAAAAGCUGCACUUCCUCUAAAAUACAUUCUAACAACACCGAGCAGGAUGUCGCGAAUCAUCAAAAAUACAGAUGCAUUGUUUAGUGGAAAGGACAAACUCGACAUAAUAAUCGACGCCAGCUAUCUGGACCCCAAAAUGAACACAAUCUUCACCGGCGAAGACAACGGUGUACUCGUGAGCACGUUAAAAGAAUUCACGACAAAGAAGAGCUCUGUCAAAAUUAUACUUUUUUAA